AUGCUGAAGGGAGCUCGUCCUGAAGACAGAAUAAACAGUAUCAAAGACGCCGAACUGAAGGACGAUGACAUCAUUAUCUGUGCGUAUCCCAAAUGUGGAAGCCACUGGCUGUGGGAAGUCAUCAUGAUGUUAAACAGUGGGACUCUCCAGCAUCAAAAGGAUGUGAAAGAGACCCGGAUGAUGGAAUUCCUCUUCAAAAGGAAUAGAAGCAGUGCUAUAUCCGCGUGUCUUCAACACGCACCUCCCUCUGCGCAUGCUCCUAAACAGGUCGUGGAGAAGAAGAUCAAGUGUAUCCAGAUCAUGCGGAAUCCCAAAGACACCUGUGUGUCCUACUUCAACCACAACAGAGACAGGACUCCACCGUAUAAUUAUGAAGGAGACUUCGUGGAGCUUACAGAGGCGUUUUUGACAGAGAAGCUUCCGUUUGGCUCCUACUCCACCUAUCUGCAGUCAUGGAAAGCAGAAGUGGCAGCUGCACUAGGGACCCUGUCAGGUCAUGUCAAAGACGUCGCUAGAUUCUUUGGCCUUGCAUCUACAGACAAGUUCUGUGAGGAGGUUGCGGAUGCUUGCUCCUUUAAGAAGAUGAAAAAAGUUGACCAGGAAAUGAAAAUGAACUUCCCUUAA